GAUCUUCCUCGAACGUUUCCAACUCAUCCAUGGUUGGAUACUCCAGAAGGACAGGCAACCCUCCGACGUGUCCUUGUUGGUUAUUCUUUCCGAGAUUCUGAAGUCGGAUAUUGUCAGGGUUUGAAUUAUGUGGCUGCAUUGCUGUUGCUAGUAAUGCAAACAGAAGAGGACGCCUUUUGGAUGCUUGCUGUCCUUCUGGAAAAUGUCUUGGUGAAUGAUUGCUACACUGAUAAUCUCUCUGGAUGCCAUGUUGAGCAGAGGGUGUUCAAAGACUUGCUUGCUAAAAAAUGUCCAAGGAUUGCUGCGCAUUUGGAGGCUAUAGGGUUUGAUGUAUCACUAGUAGCCACUGAGUGGUUCCUGUGCCUUUUCUCUAAGUGUUUACCCUCAGAGACGACCAUGCGGGUUUGGGAUGUCCUUUUCAAUGAGGGAGCAAAGGUUCUUUUCCAGGUAGCUCUAGCAAUCUUCAAGAUGAAGGAGGAGGAGCUGCUGACUGCCCAUCAAAUUGGAGAUGCUAUCAACAUCUUGCAAGCCGCCAGCCAUCAUCUUUAUGAUCCAGAUGAAUUAUUAACGGUAUGUUUUGAUAAGAUUGGUUCAUUGACAACCAAUACUAUAACCAAGCAGAGAAAGAAGCAGGAGCCGACUGUUAUGGCCGAACUCGAUCAAAGACUAAGAAGGCUUAAUUCUGUGAAACAAUAUGAUGAACAGUGAUUUUUAUCAUCUAUUUAUAUAUUUGUGUAAUCAGCAUUCACAAAUAUUCUAACAUUUGGUUAACAGCCAGCUUUGUAAGUUCUUCCAUUUUUAG